AUGUCCAAGAAGCUUGUGGCUAAUGGCAACGACGACAACGACGAUGACGCCGACGAUGACGAGUCUCAUGGAACAUAUGAAGAACAAAGCUCAUUGUUCGCGCACCCCUAUGCGGGCACAUGCUACUCGCGGUGCAUUACUGUUCAUGAGUGUCUCUGGAAAGGCGACGUCGAAGAAGGCGACACACGGGAACCAGCAGAGCACAUCACGCACGGACCAGAGGCAAUGGAAGAAUUCAGGAGAUCGCGAGGUCAAAACAAUGAAGUUGGCGGCAAAACCACCACCACAACUCUUGCAAACGCGCACGAAGUGCAGGCAGAACGCAUCCACAACGCACACAGGACAUCCUAUCACUCGCUUUCGUCGUCCUCAGACAUCAAGUCGGGGUCCCCAUUGGGCGAGUCCCUCCGAGGGUCGACAGGGUAA